AUGAACUUCCAGCCCAUACUUCCAAAUGUUUCUGGGCGGUUUUCCCCUAUCAACCAACAACUUCAAACAUUCACCUAUGAGCCCGAUGGUACUUUCCAUCAUAUCAAUGGGCCAGGUUUACACAAUCCCGUGCCUACUCAGCUAGCAUCGGACCAACCUAGAGCGUUUCAUCUGCCCAACCCAUCCCAAAGGCCACUCAUCUCUGCACCUCAAGACAUAGCUUCUCUCAGAGAUGCUGAGUUGACAGAAACUCAUAUGGGUCCUCAGCCCAAACGCCGGAAGAAGAAAGCUCCAACGUUACGUGCCAAUGAUUGGGAGCCUUACAAAGCUCUGAUUCUGGAGCUUCACGACGGACAGAAGCUACCCUUACCCAAAGUCAUAACUAUGAUUGAAAAAGAAUGUGGCUUCACUGCUACGCCCCGACAAUAUCAAUCCCGUAUAAGUCAGUGGGGCAAAGACAAAAACAUCAAACCACGAGAGAUGGCAGCAAUUGUCAGGAAGCGACAGCAAAGGAAGAUUAAUGAAACCGAAAAAAGGGAGCAGAUUUACACUGUUAGAGGCCGAAAUGUUGAGCCUCAUAAGAUCGACCGUUGGAUGGCCAGAAACAAUGUUUCCCAGACUUCACCGUAUGCUCCCAGCCCUACAGCAUCCACUCCAUCUGCAGUUGGUUGUCAAACCAUCUCGGAGCGUGGUUCCGUGGUUUCCAGUCCCGCGUAUUCCAUAUCAAGUUUGAAUUUCUCACCAAGAGGCAUCACGUCGAUAGUCUCCAGUCCCGUUGCUCCUUCUCCGAUGCUCUCUGGAUGGGAAAUAUCCCAUCCUCAAGACACUACUUUUACUGGACAGAGUCCUGCCCCGGCCAACCAACUUCUGGCAACUCACUCUUCAACAUCCCACACAACUAUUUCAAACGUUAUUUCCGACGAGCAACUGCCCCGACGUUAUCGCCAAGAUGAUGAAGAGCGUAUCAGAGAAGAAUUGUCUUUGGCAGAGGACUCGCUUGGCAUUGACCAUUCUCAGACACUCGAACUCAGGAUCGAUUUGGGCUAUGUUCUUAAAUCACAAGGGAGAUACAAGUCAGCAGAAGAAACAGCCCGCAGAGCCAUAGAAGAUUGCCGAAGACGUGAAAGCAACCACUUCAUUUUGAUCGAUGCAACAGAACUUCUUAUCUACAUUUUGCACAAGCAAGGGUCGUUGCAACAAGCCCACAAGCUAGCAGAGUCCCUAAUUGAGUCCAAGAAAGCCAUCUUCGGGGAGAAAACUCUAUCCGUCAUACGAGCAUGGAGAAUCUAUCACUUUUAUACAUGA